AUGGAAGAACUAGAACCAUCUGAACUCGGCACUCAAGAAUAUUGGAAUACGCGGUAUUCCAAAGAAAUUGAAGAUUUUUCAAAUCAUGGCGAUCCCGGUGAAAUUUGGUUUGGCGAGGAUAUUGUGGAUCGUGUAAUUCGCUGGAUGAACAAAUCUGAUUUGAUUAAAAAAGAUAGUAAAUUGGUAGACGUAGGAUGUGGCAACGGUAUGCUUUUAGUGGAACUAGCCAAUGAUGGUUAUACAGAUUUAACAGGAAUAGACUAUUCUGAUAAAGCAGUUGAAUUGUCCAAGAAAAUAGCAGAAAAACAGAAUCUGAACAUAAAAUUCUUUAAUUAUAAUGUAUUAGAAAGUAUUCCUGAUUCUUACCAAAUUUUUCAUGAUAAGGGUACAUACGAUGCUAUAAGUCUAAGUGAAAAUUCUAAAGAGAAUCGCUUAAAAUAUAUAGAAAACAUUUCCGGAAGUCUCAGUGAUGGAGGUAUACUUAUUAUAACAUCUUGUAACUGGACCCAAAGUGAAUUGAAUGAACAAUUUCAUGAAAAAUUUAAUCUACUGUCUAUUAUUCCUACCCCACAAUUUAAAUUUGGAGGCAAGGUGGGAAAUGUAGUUACAUCAUGUGUGUAUCAAAAGAAGUAA